AAAUUGAUUUGGUUAAAUGUGAAGGACUGAAGGAAAAAUACAUCAACAGGAGAGCAAGGCAACUUCAAAAAGAUCAACAUUUUUUGUGGAGACCAUUAACAAUGGAAGAACCCAUAGAUUCUAAACCGCCCCAAACCGUGAAAUAUGAUCCAAAAUCAGAAACUGUAACAUUACCCAAUGGGCUGGUGUCCGUGGCAGGUGUUACAGUGGUGACAGGGGGAGCAGAGCUGUCCUGCGGAUCUUGUAUGUUGGCUUUUGGGGUUUGGGGAACUCUGGUCGGACUGAGUGUUGUGUCGGUGGGUUUGUGGGACAACUCGAUGCACGUAAACAGUGGUCUGUCACACCUUCUGGCACUUGGGUUGGUGCUGCUUCUCACCAGCUUCAGUCUGGUAAUUGUGAUCUUUUUCCUUCGUUUCUUAAUGAAACGGAGAAGAAUGGCAGCCAGAAGAGAAAGGGCAGAAGCCAACCUAGUGCUGGUGAAUGAUUAUGCAGAAGUUAUUUUAAAAAGAGUCACGGUGUGAAGGAGCAGAUUAAAGAAAACCUAUGUUGUGAUAUUUUUGAAUGUUGAAUAUAUCAGAUUCUCUUCUGCUUCAUUUUCUCCAUUACACUUUGCCUGACA